ACCCAGGAUUGGCGGACUUUAGCCCUUAAUUAAAUAGAAAAGUAGGAGAACACAGGGACUGACUCUCUGACCACCAGAUAUAAAACAAAGGGGGGCAGAUUCCUUAGCAAAUGGCAAAAUUUCUGUCCCAGGAUCAAAUUAAUGAAUUCAAGGAAUGCUUUUCUCUAUAUGAUAAGAAACAAAAAGGCAAGAUAAAUGCCAGCGACCUGAUCACAGUGAUGCGGUGCCUGGGAACCAGCCCAACUCCGGGAGAGGUAGAGAGACAUCUUCAAGUGCAUAAAAUUGACAGAAAGGCAGAACUGGAUUUUUCCACUUUCCUGACCAUAAUGUACAGGCAAAUGCAGCAGGAAGACCCUGAGAAGGAAAUCCUGACAGCCCUGGCAAUGACAGACAAGCAGAAGAAGGGUUUCAUCACCGCUUCCGAGCUGAGAGCCAAACUCACCAGGCUGGGAGAAAAGCUCUCCGAGGAUGAAGUGGAUGACCUUCUAAGAGAAGCUAAAAUUGCACCAAAUGGGAUGGUGAAAUAUGAAGAAUUCAUCCACGCCAUCACCCUUCCUGUUGCAGACUACUGAAUUUCAGAAUGACAAGACCGCCUUGGGUAGGGAAACAGGCAAGCUUUUCCAGCUUACGUUUUCCUGGGUCACUUUUGGGCUCACUGGAAUCAGCACUGCUUGGCUUUAAGGAUCAAUAUUUUGCCUUCUUAGAGUGAAAUAUUUUGUUUGAACAGGUUUUUCCCAUUGCAAGGCCUGGCCACACCUUCCUUGUCAGUUGGAAUGGAGUGUUCAUGUCAAACACUGGAUGUAUUAUUUUAAAUGAAUUGAAUUCCAUGUUACAUUGCAUAAAGCUUAUCGUACUUACAAA